AACCCCCAAUGCCUCCCCAGGGGAAGCAGGAUGCUGCCUGGGAUGCUGAUGCCAGGAAGGGCCCUUCCAAUCAUCCCUUUUUGUAUCCCAAAGGGAAUCUGCCUUGUCCAAACAGUUCAACAGUAAGUGCCUAGUGGGUGCUCUGAGGAGGAGCGGGAGAGGAGGGUGGUCGCUCUGGGACAGGUUCGGUAGGAGCAUCCCGUGGGAAUACCCUGCGUCUGCCCGAGAAAGGUGAAUCCGAGGCUGCUCUUACUCACUUGUGGCUUUACUGGAACAGCUGCUGGGAUUCCAUCUCGGAAAAUAAAACCUGUCCAAUAAAUGGUGAUUCAUGUUGCCUGGAGUUAAAAAUAAGGUCCUGUUGGCUGCCCCUGUCCCAUGUGGGAGCUCAGGUGCUCUUUUCCCAGGGGCAGAUCCCAGGGCUCCCACAGGUUUCUCCAUCACCCCCGUCCUUUUUCCCCAUCAUCCUCUGGAGAUGGUUGGGUUUGCUCUGGCACGGCCGCAUCCUGCACGCAGAGCCUGAGCACCGCUGGGAGCACAGCUGCUGGUGUUGCUCCUCUGCAGUUUAUUAGAAUAGAAGAGGUGGUUUGUCCCUUCCUCGCUUUCACUGGGAUUUUUUCCGGUGCUGGCAGAGCUUGGACAAGCUCUGGCCGCUCUCAUCCUGCUCAGACUCCAUUUUCCUCAGCCUGGGAAUCCUGGCCCCGGCCCCUUCCUGGCACCAUUGCCGUUGCGCAGGGAGGUGCUGGAUGCUGACCCGGCCCUGGUUCCCGGCACUGGCUCCUCAGCCGCGGCACCGCAGGAAGGAACUGGGGUGGGGGACAGCAGCGCUCGAGGCCAGGUCCCCUCUCAUCCAGGGACAGUGCCCUGGCCUGCGGGUCCCAGGGCCAAUCCUGUGGCUUUGUCCCCGCUGGAGCCUCCUGAGUCCCUGCAAGCAGCCUGGGCCGGGCUGUACCCCGGCUCCCCGUCCACACUGGCUACGAGAGGGAUGGAGGGAGCUGGCAGGUCCCUAGGGAGCACUGGGGGCUUUUUCUGACCCCGCUCCGAGGGGCUGGGAGCCCAGCUCGGGGUGCAGUGUGUCCUUCUUCCCCCAGCUGCUGCGGUGCCGCUGUCGCAGCCCCCCCAGGCAGGCGCUGGGGAUGGAGGGGGGCCCUAGGGCUGCCCCCGCAGGAGCACUCAGCCUUCGGGAAGGGGAGAGGGCAGCGGUAAAAAUAACCCCUGGGCCGGCUCCAGCCUGUUGUGGCUUCCUGCAAUUUUACAGCCCUUCCCGGGGGGAAGAGGAGGCAGGAACUGGCUGACUCGCCAGUGGAGAAGGUGCCAGAAGGACCCUUCCUCCCUCUCCCUCCUCCCUCUCCCUCCUCGCCGGCCAGGGCAGGAUCCUGGGGAAGGGGAUCAUGGUGGGCUUCUGCUCCUGAGCUGCAUCCAGCAUCUUGGGGUGGAUGUAGAAGGAGAAGCUGCCGGGAGCAGACGUGGUUUUCCUGUCCCGUUCCUAAUGCCCCAUGUGCUGGGGGGGGACAGAGAGACUCAGUCCUGCCUGGGAGGAGGCAGAGAUCUGUGUUGCGGAUCCCAAAAUCCUGGCCAGGCUCCCGCUCCUGCCGGUUCUGGGCUCAGUUUGCUGCUGGCGGCCAGAGGGACAGGACCUGAGUGAGACCGGAGCAUCCCUGCAUCCCAUCCUUGCAUCCCUGCAUCCCAUCCCUGCGUGGGCUCAGGGCUGAAUCCAGGAGCCAAGCGAAGCUUUGGGAGCCUCCCCGGCCGCAGCACCGCAGCACCAGACCACCCCCCCACCCAGCCACCCGGGGAAGAGCAGAGCGACCAGGGGUGCUGUUUUGGGGCUGGGGAGCAAUGGUGCCCCUGGGCAGCCCCUCUCUCGCUGUUUGUGCCUCCAGCAACCUGCGCCUCAUGGCCCCCGGCCGCGGCUCCCCCCUGGCCUGGCUGAACCAGGGCUCCGAGUGCCCGCGGGAGCUGGGGGGCGGUGGGGGCCGGACGCCCAGCGCCGUGGAGCGGCUGGAGGCCGACAAGGCCAAAUACGUCAAAUCCCAGCAGGUCAUCAACAGCCGGCAGGAGCCGGCGCUGCGGGGCUGCUCGCCCCGGCUCUCCCCCCGCAGCCGGCGCCUCCUCGUCCGUCAGCAGUGUAGCGAGUUGUGUCAGGGCUCGGAGCUGGGCCGGGAGGGCUCCUGGAAGCUGUCGUGCCCCCAGUCCCCUGUGUCACGCCGGACCGGCAGCAGGCGCCUGCUGAGACCCGACUCGCUCAUCAUCUACCGACAGAAACGGGACUGCCCCGGGGGGGACAAGGAGAACACCAAGGGCGCUGGGCUGGUGCGACGCUUCUUCCAGGGACCCCUCAGAGACAAACCCCCCAGCUCCCCCCCAGCCAGGGGGGUGGAUGAGGGGCCACCAGCCCCCCCGAGCCCCAAACCCCCCAUGCUGUGGGUGCCUGCAGAGAAGGAGGAGGUGAGGACGCCAGAUGCCAGCAGCGGCGGUGGCAGUGGUGGCAUCUUCCCUCUGCCCAGCAGCCCAGCGGCGCAGCACCCCCGGCCCCCUGACAAGCAGGCGCUGGCUCUGCGCAUCUCCCUGCCGCUCUCGGAGCAGGAGCGGUUCUUCAACUACUGCGGGCUGGACCGGGCACUGGUGGAGCUGCUGGGGCGGGAGAGGUUCGGGCCGGCGGGCUGGGACAACGCCUCGGUUCGGCUCCCCGGAUCCUGCGAGUCGGAGCCUGGGCAGGCUUCGGGAGGCAGCGAGGAGGAUGCGGAGCUGGGCGAGGAGGAGUCAGACACCCGGCUGGGCUCCGCCGUCUCGGUGGUGGAACGCAAUGCCCGCGUCAUCAAGUGGCUCUACGGCUGCCAGAGAGCCUGGGCGGCCGCCAAGGAAUCCACCGUCUGAGCAGAGGCAGCCCGGCUGGGGACAGGGACCCUCAUGUGGGUCCUGCUGGCUGGAUGCGGCCCCUUGCUGGUUGUGGCCAAUGGGCUGGUGGCAUCCAUGGGGCUACUGCUGGCCACGUGGGCCACCAGAUCUACCCUACCCCCUCCCCUUUACCCCCGCACCACCAGGUCUGCCCUGCACCCAGGGCUGAGCCCAGUGGGGCACCCAGGGGGGGGCAGGCAGGGAAGGGGCUCCCCUGGGAGUUUCUCCAUGUCUCCGGGGCCACCAGGCUGCUGUCCCCCCCACUGCAGCCCCUCUUCUCCAUCCUCUCCAUCACCAGCCCAGGGUGGUGGGAUGGGGCUGCAGCCCCCUCAGUUGCUCACGUCCUGCACUGGCUGGGGGGUGGGCAGGGUCCGAGCCCCCCCCGCCACGGGCAAUGGUCACCCCACAGCCCCCUCCUCCCCAGAAAAGGGGCUGCUGGGACCAGAGCAGCGCUCAAUAAACCUGUUUUGGUUUUGUUCUGU